AUGACGGCAGUUGCAGACCUUUACGCUCAAGAAGACAUCCUAGAGAUGCAAUGUCGAAGCGACGUUGGUAAGCCACUCGCUCACGGAGCUGUUUCUGAGGUUUCCAGAAUAUAUGCUGCCGUGACUCAACCCAGUACUGUAGUCUCUCAUCAGAUCGAACGACGGAAUCAUGUGGUCGUCCUCAAGAGGUCGGGAACAAGGCUUUUCUUACCCGGUGGCCAAUACACCGAUACCGCUGCAAUGCGCAGCUUCAUAUCAGAACUUCGAAUCCUCAGCCAGAAGGCCAUUCGAGAGCAUCCAAACAUAGUAAAGCUCCUGGGUGUACACUGGGAUUACUUUGAGACCUGUUACCCGGAACCGUCGCUGCUGCUAGAGAAGGCGAAUACAGACCUAGCAAGGUUUCAACCCAGGCAAGACACUCCAUUCAUACAGAGUCCACCAAGAGUGUCUAAUCGGCUGCUAAAAUACAGGCACCGCUCCCUCCCCUUCGAAACGAAGAAGAGUAUUUCGCUGGACAUUGCUCGUGGCCUUGCUGCACUGCAUCAGAGCGGCGUGAUUCACGGAGAUUUAAAGCCUCAAAACGUGCUCAUCUUUAAAAUGCCCACUCUUCAUGCGAAAAUCGCGGACUUCAGUCAUUCUCUCCUCGACACUAGAGACACCCGCACUCUUGUUGGUGGUACAUGGGUUUAUUCAGCCCCAGAAUGGGACGAGUCAGCCUCCACGGAGGAUCUCCUCAAAACUGACAUUUAUUCAUAUGGCCUUAUUUUUGGAGGCUUUAUGUUGGGCGAUAAACUUGUCGCCACUGUUCGGCGGAAUCCCCCUUUCAAUUCCAACAUAUCGACCGAGGAAACAAUUAGGAGAUUGAAGGUGGAUGACCACAUGAAUGAUUACCUUUUUCGUUUGGUCCAUCUUGUAGACCGAGAAAACCUAGAUUCUAAUCUCCACGAAUUCCCCCUCAUCUACAUAGUUUUCGAAAAUACACUCCAACUGGACCCUAAGACAAGAAACCUUGACAGAGUCUUAGAUUUCCUCGGAGGCAGGUAG